AGACAGAAAGAACUACAGACGACGCGUCGCGUGUGCACUGUCAAUCGUAUCAAUCAUGUGGGUGUUUGGUUAUGGGUCGUUAAUAUGGAAAGUCGAUUUUCCUUACGAGAGGCGAGUCAUUGGUUACAUUAAAGGGUACGUCCGGCGAUUCUGGCAAGCCAGUAUUGAUCACCGUGGAGUCCCCGGAAAGCCGGGAAGAGUUGUUACUUUGAUUCCGUCGAAUGAUCCCGAGCAGGAAAAGGUCUGGGGCGUUGCCUACCACAUUGCAGCUCAAGAUGUGGAACGAGUGUCACGAUACCUGGACUACCGCGAGAAAGAUGGCUACCGGAGGACUGAAACUCUAUUCCAUCCCCACUGCAACAACGACGGCCAGCAAAACGAAUGGAGCCCUUUUUCGUUGGAGUGUUACCUGGCGACAAGCGACAACCCGUUUUACACCGGCCACGAACCAAUUGAACAGAUCGCCCGUCAAAUAGCGACGGCCAGCGGACCGAGUGGCACCAACCGAGAAUACUUGUACCAAUUGGCGACAGCUUUGCGACAACUUGUCGUCGAGGACAGCUUCACGGAGAUAAUCAUCAAGGGCGAUCCUCAUUUGUUUGAACUCGAAAAUCUGGUUCGAGCUUUGGAAGAGGCCGGUGACGGCAGCCAUCAUUGAAACGAAUGCACAAAACAACCAACAGGAUGACACGCUAGAAUGACCCCCCCCCCCCCCCCCCCCCCCCG